AUGAAACGACCGUAAUCAGCAAUUACAAGAGUUGAUGAUGCUAAUUCGACCGCUAGUAAACCAAUUAGGCCUUUAAGUGGUGUCAGCGAUACCACACUUAGAUUUUAGAAUUCAGUUGAUUAAUUAUUAAGCAAGGCCAAUUAUUCCUUAUAAUUAAUGAAUAUUCAUGAUAGUCUCUAGUUAUUUGAAUAAGCAUUCAAAAAAGGGGAACAUCAAUUAUCAUCAAUUAGAUUAGUUAAAUUGGUUGAAGAUGUAGUUUUGCAAUUAGUUAAAGUAAUUGUCAAAUCUGAAGAUAAUUUGAUAUCAUAACAAAUUUUGAACAGAUUAUUGAUUUGGUGUUAAGUAAAAAAUAUUUAAUUUAGAUUCAAUAAUCUAAUGAAGACAUUAUCCAUAUAAGAUGUCCUCCAUAUAUUUAAGUGAGAGUCUUGAAUGCAUAUGGAGAUUUUUUAAGAAAAUAAAAUAAAUAUGAUGAGAGUACACAUUAUUUAUAACUGUCUUUGUAAAUGUUAUCUUAAUAUAAAUUUGAUUCUUCAAUAGAUGAAUUAGUUGGUUAAACAUAUAUGCUACUAUCUUCAAAUUCUUUAUACACUAAUCAUUAUGCUUAAGCAAUUUAAGAAGCUUAAGCAGCGCUACAACAUUUAUAAUAGGCAGCCAUUUCAACAAAUAAAACAACAGAAGAACUUCAUGAAUCUAUUUGUGAUACUUAUAUUAACUUAGGUAUUGCAAAAGAGCAUGAAAAAUAAUUUCAAGAGGCUCAUUAUAAUUAUUAUAGUAGUUUAGUAUACUCAUAAUAAAACCUAAAUGAGAGUAAAUAAAUGAAGAUUUAACAGAUUUAUGAUUAAUUUUUGUCUAGGUAAGCAGCAUAUUUAUAGAAACUUCAAUUUUAAUAAUAAAAGACUUUAAAAAAAUAUAAUUCUGCAGCAGGAUUUAAUUUUAAAAAGCCACAAUAAGCAACAUUAACUUAAUAACCAUUUGUAGAUUUGGUUAAAAAUCCAACAGAUUAAACUAAUGGAAAAUUAAAUAGUAAUUUUUUUAAAAAGAAAUAAAAAAUAAUAAAAUCUGUUGAAAGAUAAAGAUACAAUGAGGAAAAAGCCAUGUUAAAGUUUAAACCCUAUUUAAAUAAAAUACCUUCUUCUUAAUCAACUUAAAUAUUAAAAUUCAAACCCAAUUAAAUAUUAUUGAAUAGUUAAUUACCUAGACCAUAAUCUCCCUUAAAAUAACCUUAUACAAAUAAUGGAAUUAAAAUUAUGAAAGUUGGUAAUAAGCCAGAAUAUAAAAUAUAGAAUAAAUCAUUGACUUCAUAUAAACCAGAUUUGUUUAUUACAAAACAAUAAUAAAGUUAACAACAUUAGUUUUCAUAAUCAACAUCAAAAUUAAAUUCUGCCAAUAUUUCUAGUAAAUAGCCCUUUAAUUAAACAUAAUAAACAUUUUAAUCUGAAUUAUUUUACAAGAAUAAAACAAAUUAAUUGAUAACUUAACCUAACAAUAAUAUCCAUUAAAUUCCUUCAAAAUUUAUUUAAUACCUAGAGCAAAGUAUAAAUGAGUGUAAUUUAUUAAAAAAUGGAAAUGUAUAAUUAUUAUAAUCAUAUCAAAAUAUUCAUUUGCCAAGUAUUGAAGUAAUAUUUUUAAUAUCUUAUAGAGUUAAUCAGGAAUAUAAGAAAUUUAUUAAGGUACAAUGAGUAUCUACUUAUUUACAUAAUAAAAUAUUUUGUACUUCCAAUAUUUAGCCAGUGAAAUUACAGACUAGUUUGCUGUAAAUUUGGGACCUAAAAAGAUUAAACUAAUUGGGAAUAGUCUUAAUGUAAGUGAUGUAAAUAACCAAUUUAAUACAAUUAAUCAAAACCCAUUAGGAAUGAAGAACACAUUGAUUAGUUUUAGUGUUGAAUAUUUUAGAUAUGCAAAAAUAAAUUUAGAAAAGCAAUCUUUUCAAUUACCAUACAAUUAGGCUAACUAAUUUUAUAUAUAUAUACCUGAAUAGAAUUAGAAUUUAUUAAUAUAAGUGAAAAAUGAUUAUGAAUCUUUAGUAUUUUUAGUGGAUGCAUUUGAGGAUAAUGGUUAAAUUUCAAAAGACUAAGAAAUAUAGCCAAUAUUUAAUCAUAAAUCGAAUUCAGUAGUUUCUGAUGAAAUUCAUCCAUUAUUAGCGGAACAGAUUAAAUAAAUUGAUGAAGAUGUAUAACCAGUAUUUGAAGAAUAAGAGGAAAAGUUAGUGACAUCCUAAGAAUACUCUUAAGAUUUUGAACCUACACCUAUAAUGGAAGAAAUUCCAUCAGAUAAAUUCAUUUAAAAAUCAUCUUCUUUACCAUAAAAUACUAGUAAGAAUUAAUAUGAUGGAAUGGAGAAGUUCACAAUUAAAAUAGAAUCUGAAGAUCAGAGGUAAUAAGUAAUUGAAGUAUAUGCAACAGAUAAAAAAUAAUAAUAGGAUGAAGAAGUAAAAUAAGAAGAGGAUCAUGAAUUAAAUGCAGCAGCUUUAUUAAUUUAAAAGAAGUUUAGAGCAAAAAGAAUGAAUUUGAAACAUUGA